AUGGUCGAGCGGUUUCACCGCCAGCUGAAGGCCUUCCUGCGUGCCGCAGACGAUCUAAAGAACUGGACGGACCGCCUCCCCCUGGUCCUGUUGGGCAUUUGCUCCUCCCUCAAGUCGGACCUUGACUGCUCUGCUGCUGAACUCGUGUUCAGUGCCACCGUCCGACAACCCGGUCAGAUGAUCUCGCCAACCCCGCAGGUUGCAGUCAAGGAUCCUACCAACCUCCUGCACUGUCUCCGGCAAUUUAUGCGGACACUUUCCCCAGUUCCACCCAGGCCAUCUGUCUCCGAGUCUUACCUCUAGAUAGAGUUGGCGACAUGCUCUCACGUCUAUCUUCGAUGUGCUCGAGUCCACCGGCCCCUGGAACCACUCUACGGCGGCCCCUUCAGAGUUAUCUCUCGUGAGGCGAAGAACUUCCGCAUUCAACGCGGAACUCGUGAGGAGGUCGUGAGUGUGGACCGCCUCAAAGCUGCCGUCCCGGACACUUCUCCGGAUGAGCCCUGUGGUCCCCUACCUCCUACUCCGCCUCCCUGA